AUGAGCGCGGGGCCAUUAUACCUCGGGUUUGAUCUCUCAACCCAGCAAUUAAAAGCAAUUGUAAUUGCUUCGGAUCUCAAAGUUAUCUCUGAAGCAAAAGUUGACUUUGACGCCGAUUUUGCUGCCAAGUAUAAGAUAAAGAAGGGCGUUCAAACAAACGAGGAUGAGGGUGAAGUAUAUGCACCCGUGGCCAUGUGGGUUGAGGCCGUAGACCUUGUCUUAACCCGGCUGAAGGAGAAGGGUUGCCCUGUCAAGCAUAUUAAAGGAAUUAGCGGUUCUGGUCAGCAGCAUUCAAGCGUCUACUGGAGCGAACAUGCUGAGUCUGCCUUAAAGACACUCGAUAGCGGGAAAUCCUUACUUGACCAGCUGUCCAAUGCCUUCGCCUAUGAGUUCGCGCCGAACUGGCAAGACCACAGCACCCAGAUUGAAUGCGAUCACUUCGAUGCUCAUUUGGGCUCUAAGCAGAAACUAGCCGAUGCCACAGGGAGCUCUGCUCAUCAUCGUUUUACAGGUACACAAAUUCUGAGAAUGCGAAGGCGACGCCCUGAGGUCUACAGCAAAACUGCUCGCAUCUCGCUUGCCUCUUCAUUCUUAGCCUCUCUAUUUCUAGGAGCUAUUGCGCCGAUAGACAUAAGUGACGUUACCGGUAUGAAUCUAUGGGAUAUCGCCGGCGAGAAGUGGAACGAGUCACUCCUAGAGUUGACAGCAACUAAGGAGGGUGUACCCGAGCUGCGAAAGAAGCUUGGUGAUGUACCACUAGACGGAGGUGCCAGCCUGGGCAGCAUCUCCUCGUACUUCGUAAAACAAUACGGAUUUAGCCCCGACUGCCAAAUCGCGCCUUUUACAGGUGACAAUCCCGCGACGAUCUUAUCGUUACCUCUGCGACCACAUGAUGCGAUUGUCUCGCUAGGCACGUCCAGCACGUUCCUCAUGAAUACACCUAACUAUAAGCCCGACCCUUCGUAUCACUUCAUGAACCACCCCACCACAAAGGGACAUUUCAUGUUCAUGCUGUGCUACAAGAACGGCGGCUUAGCUCGCGAGAAGGUCCGCGAUAAUCUUCCUACGCCGUCGGGUUCAGACCCCUGGGAGAAUUUCAACAAGCAGGUGUUGGAGACACCACCGUUAGACGUCAAGAAGGAAGGCGACAAGGCGAAGUUAGGCCUUUACUUCCCACUACCGGAAAUCGUGCCGAACGUCAAAGCAGGCACCUGGCGGUACAUUUGCAACAGCGCGGACGGGUCGGACCUAAAGGAGACGUCGGACUGGGGCGCGGAGGCAGACGCCCGCAUAAUCGUCGAGUCCCAAGCUCUAUCAAUGCGUCUGCGCUCGCAGAACCUAGUAUCGAAACCUACCGAUCGCCCGCAACUCCCAGCCCAACCGCGCCGCAUCUACCUAGUCGGCGGCGGAUCGCUAAACCCCGCAAUCGCGCGCGUGUUCGGCGACGUGCUAGGCGGUGCGGACGGCGUAUACCGGCUCGACGUAGGCGGCAACGCGUGCGCGCUCGGCGGCGCGUACAAAGCGCUCUGGGCGCUCGAGCGGCGCGACGAGAACGAGAGCUUCGACGACCUGAUUGGGGAGCGCUGGCGCGAGGAGGAUGCCAUCCAGAAAGUGGACGACGGGUUCCGCGACGCGGCGUUUGCGAGCUAUGGCAAGGUGCUGGGUGCGUUUGAGAAUAUGGAGAAGAUGAUCUUGGAAGUUGCGCAUAACUAG